UUGUUAAAUAAGGGUUAUUUUUUCUUAAAGUGAAUCAAAAUUACAAAACGCUGUCCUUUAGCUAAAACUCAGGGAAAAUCCAAGUUACUCCCAACUCAAAAUUCAAAAACCUAAAACCCUUAUUCUUGGCAAUCGAAACUUCGGAAGUAUCCAUUAUCAACCAAGGGUUUUACAAUUGUAGAGAAAAAAUGGCGCUUUCUAUGCUUAAAUCCCUGAGAAAAUCAACGGCAUCAAUCAGCUUAUCAUCAUCAUUUCUGAAUCAGAUUUCUUCAACAUCAUCAACCCCUUCUUUCCUCAAACCCUGCGGCUGUGGCUGUGCGCAGUUGCAGAACAAGUUAUGCUACUCUAAUGCAGCAAAUGAUGAUAGAAGAAAAAGUAAAGAAGAAGAAUAUGGUGAAAUACCCACUGAAGGAAUUAGUAGACCCAUGUCUGAAAUUCUUAAACAACUCAACAAAAAAGUUCCUGAUUCUCUUAUUAGUGUUCGCCCUGAAAAUGGGGCUUCUAUCAAAUAUAUUCCAUGGCAUAUUGUGAAUCGAAUUAUGAACUUACAUGCUCCAGAAUGGUCGGGCGAGGUUCGGAAUAUCACAUACUCACCUGAUGCCAAGUCUGUAACUGUUGUUUAUCGCGUUACACUUCAUGGGACAGAUGCUGAGAUAUAUAGGGAAUCAACAGGAACUGCUUCAGUGGAAGAAAAAGGCUAUGGAGACGCCGUACAGAAGGCUGAAGGAAUGGCCUUCCGUCGAGCAUGUGCACGAUUGGGACUUGGGCUUCAUCUCUACCAUGAAGAUAUGUCAUAGUAUGGUUUCAUUAUUGAGCAUAUUCAGUGGGCAGUGGCUGUUUCUUUUUGCGGUUGUAAAGGUUGCAUAGCUGUAGCUUGUUCUUUCUAUGUGGGUGGUUUUUGACUUUUUUUCCCCUUGUGUAUAUGGGGCCGGAGGAUAAGCUUAAUUUUGGACUGCUAUGCACCUGUAUGAAGGAGAUGGUGGUCGUCUGGUCGAUUAUUAAAGUACUGAAGAAACACGAGCCAAUUAGUCAUUGUCUGAUUAAAGCUUGCUUUGUUAUUCGUUGAAAAUCUAGACCUCUUGCAUGCUUGUCUAUUUCACUAAUUAGCCUCUUUUCUUUUAAUAUGCUCAACUGCUCAUGCAAUAUAUUCUUCAUUUCUUCUCGUGAUUC